AUGGGUGGAAGUAAAAGUGAAAAUUUGCAUUUAAAUAGAGGGGCAGGAAUAAUAUGUAAAGGGUCAAAGGGAAACAGUAAUAAGGCAAGGGGGGUAACGGAGAAGACUGUUUCAGGCACAGCUACGAACGAAACUACUACCGUUCCUACCAGAGCAUUGAACGAAGUCAGCACUUUCACUACUGCAGCAACGAACGAAGCGAUUACUGCCGCGUGUGCAGAUGGUGGGGUGUCGUGCGAUAGUAAGAGCCUCGGAAAAAGUGAGUGGAAUUCGAAAAGCAAAGAAAAAGGAGGAACAAUUAGUAGCAGCGGAAACAAGUAUACAAAGAGCAGCAGCAACAAAGCAAGAAGUACAGGGAAAGUUGUAAGUUCUAUAUCAAAAUUCAACGACUCAUACGCUUUAAUAUUCCCAAAUGCAUUACCUGUAAAACAAGUGUUAUGGGGUUUGGAUCCUCUUAAUAAGGUAUGGAGGCAUUGCUCUAUUGUAUAUGCAAGAGCAAAAAAUAAAAAAUUUAAUGAUAUGAAUUUAGUAUUUCCCUUAAAUAUUAAUAAGAGUGAAUAUAUAAAUAAGUUUAACAGUGAGUUAACUACGAAUAAUAUGAACAUGAAAGAGAGUGAUUAUGAUUAUUAUGUGCAUUGGGAAAAAUUUGAUAGGAGAUUAGAUUGUUGGCUAGCUUAUGAAAAUUUAAGGCUAUUAGAACAAGAGCCAGAUGAUGGGCUGCCAUUCAUAAAAGCCUAUGAUAAUAAUGUAUCAGAUCAUGAACAUGCUGGUAUUGAUAAAGAAUAUUUGAGAGAACAUGAAGAAAAUACAAAAUUAAAAACUAUUAAUCAAAUAAAAUUUGGAAAAUAUCUAAUUGAUACAUGGUAUUUUUCACCAUACCCGAAAGAAUAUCAAAAUAUUGAUAUUUUACAUAUAUGUGAAUUUUGUUUAUCUUUUUUUAAAGAAGAAAAUGAAUUAACUCGUCAUAUAAAUAAAUGUGAAAUUCGACAUCCCCCAGGAAAUGAAAUUUAUCGAAAUGAAAAAAUAUCUAUUUUUGAAAUUGAUGGAAAUUAUUUUCGAAUUUAUUGUGAAAAUUUAUGUUUUUUGUCAAAAUUAUUUCUUGAUCAUAAAACAUUAAAACAUCGUGUUAAUUUAUUUUUAUUUUAUGUUAUUACUGAAUUUGAUGAAUAUGGAUAUCAUAUUACAGGAUAUUUUUCAAAAGAAAAAUAUUCAAAAAAUAAUGUCUCUUGUAUUCUUACCUUACCACAACAUCAAAAAAAGGGGUAUGGAAAAUUUUUAAUAAAUUUUAGUUAUUUCUUAUCACAAACGGAAAAAAGAACUGGCACUCCAGAAAGACCACUCUCCGAUUUAGGUGUUGCGUCCUAUAUGGCCUACUGGUAUGAAACAUUACUAAAAGUUUUAGUUAAUUAUGAACAAUUGUCCAUUCAAGAACUUUCCGAAAUUACGAGUAUCGAAACGAAUGAUAUAAUAUCUUGCCUAGAGGAAAAAGAAAUUUUUAAAAAUGUAUUAAACGGAGAGUCUAUUUAUUAUAUAAAUCCAAAACAUAUGGAAUUUGUUCUUGGCAAAAUUAACCAAAAAAAUUCUGAACUGUGCAGGAGCAGACUGCACUGGGUUUCCUACGACUAUUACUUGGCCCUGUACGAAUAG